AAGUGUACUAUUCAGGAACAGCUGUAAUUAGGAAUUAAUUUACUACUAUGCAAUUAACGACAUCUAUUGGGGUAAUAAUGUAAUCGUUUGAUGAAUGUCUACACUCAUUGUCCGAAGUAUACUCGGUAAUUCAGCUCUAAAUGGAAAUAAAAUCACAAUCGAUACUUAAGCUCUCGACUAGUGCUGUGGUGUUGCCAUACUUAAAGUUAUUUUAGCUUGAUUCGGACCGCUUCCUAGUUAAUGCCCAACUGUCACUAUCGUAGUGUGUGAAACGAAAUCGCACGUUACGUUAUGCGAGUGUGCGACGUCGCGAAUGCUGUCUGUACGAGUAAUUUUUGCUUUGUACGUUUUUAUUUUUAUAAAUAACCCAUGUAAAUUAUGUGAUUAUGAAAGUAAUAGCCCCUAGUGAUAACGAUUGUGAUAGAACAUCGCGAUGGCCCUCAAAAUACGUUGUGUUUUCUUAUGCUAUGUGAACCAGUGCAAUCGCUCGUCACUACGGUUGUUUGUCAAUGACGUCUGCGUUUAGCGCAGCGAAAAGUGGAAUUUUAGUUUGAUUGUGACAACUAGUGAAAACAUAAAUAACACAAAUUGUGUUAACCGUUGAGUGCUUGUAAAAUGGAUGAGUGUGUUCCCGAGAGGAGACUUCUUCUAUCAACGGGGGCCGUCAAAGGUGGCUCAUGAAGAAAGGGCCACACAAAAUGAUGCUGGAGUCGAGCCGGUACGACAAGUGGGACCGAGACCGGGACCGCGGCGGGGGCGGCGCGGGCGCGCCCGCGUGGCCGGGCCGCGACCGCGAGCGCGACCGGGAGCGAGAGCGGCAGGCGCGCGCGCACCAGAUGUCGCAGGCGCACGCCGCCGAGCCGGACGCCACCGCGUCGCUUUUCCAGGCUCCCUCCAGGGUAACGGGCAACAAGGAUCGCCAAAGCCAGCAGAUCCAGACGAAGCUCGGCGACUACCAGAUCGCGCAGGCGUUGAUCGACGAUCCCAGCAAAUCGAUCGGCAUCUGCGCAGAGCCACCCAGCCCGGCGCCAUGCCAUCCGUCGCGAAGGGAGAGCGAGUUCAAGAAGCCGUCGCACGCGCCGCAGAACGGGCGCGUGCACCAUCGGCCCUACGUUCACAACAAGAGCGAUGGGUCAGUCUUAUCGGCGCCGCCUACGCAUCGACCGCCGCCCCUAAAAAUCAACGGCGUCCAAUCACAAAGUGCAAUUGACAGUUGUCAGCCGCCUAUAGAAAGUAUAUUGAAGGAAAUGAAGUCCCUACCGCAGCCGCUGUCAGUCAUCGCCGCUACGCCCCGGAAGGAGCUUGAGAAUAAGUUUAUCUUCGACCCCUUUACGAAUAAGGUCCAAGAAAACCCCCAACUAAUCAACAACGAUCUCAAAACACCUCUCCCUAAACCCGGUAUAGACAACCGGAUAUCACACUCGAGAAGUGUAACGCCACCAUGUGACGGGUUGAAUAAGGACCUCGGGUUGUCGGAGAGCGACGACGAGGUCGCGGCCAGCACGCUACACCACACCACCAGCAGUACUGCGCUAGAACUAGAACCCAUCCUAUCACCAAUCGUCUCCGGCGGCAGCCCGUCCUCGGCUAGCGAGUCCUCCGACUCCGAGUCUGAGUCGUCCUCCGCCGAGUCCAGCGGUCCUCCGCCGCGAGAGACCAGAGAGCCCAGAGAGCCCAGAGAGACCAGAGAGACCAGAGAGGCUAGAGAGGCUAGAGAGCCUGCAGCGGCGCCGGCGCGACUCAGUUCCGCGGCGGAGUCGCAGCCGGUGCAGCGGCCGUCGUGGUCGCUGUCCAACUUCGCGCCGCCGACCGCGCCGCUGCCCGAGCCCUAUGAUACGGGGAAAGAGCUGAGGCAUGCGCUCGCGGAUAUCAAGGGGAAGCCGAGUCCUAUCUCGGAUCUAUCGGACUCGGAGGCGUCGUCGCCGUCGCCGGGUCAGAGGCGGAGACGGUCGUCAAAGCUGACCGUGUCCAGCGACGAUGACUCGCCAAGGCCUACUAAUACGCCUUCCCCCCGCGUGGCGGCCACCGCGGCGGUGAAGCGCGGACGGCCGCCCAAGCCACGGGCUGACUCACGCGAGCGCCCCGCCAAGAAGAAGCGCGGCCGCCCGCCCAAGCUGCGCCCCGCCGAGCCCUCCCCCUCCCCCUCCCCCGCGCCCGCGCCGCGCCCCCGCGACCCCUCCCCCGCCGCCCCGGCCGCGCCCGCGCCCGCCCCGCACCCCGUGCUGCAGGACACGAAGACGCAUAUCUUUCGCAAGGUUUUCACUCCCAAGAAGGGUGACGAAUGUGGCGGGAAAGGUGGCAAAGGUGGCAAAGGAAAAGGUGGCAAGGGCAAAGGCCAGGUCACUAUAAUAGAAGUGGCGGCCGAGUCCGGAGCCGACGACGAUGAGAGGAGGCAUCGAGAGCGCUCGGCGGAGAGGCGGAACGAGGAGGCCCUCGCCAGGGUCUCGCCCCCCCAGGAGCCCGAGACGUUGACCAGGAAACGAGAGGCCGAGAGGGUCGCCAAUGAACGGAUACAGGAAAGAGUGUCCCUCGAGCGGCCGGAAAGGGACCGUCCCGAGCGGACGAACGACCGAAUAUCAGAUCGCCUCCCCAUACCCUCCGCACCUUCCGACAGAAUACCGGAUCGGACGUCCACCGACCGGUUAUCCUCUGAGCGAACCGACCGUUUACACGACCGGUACAGCUCUGAACGCCUCUUAACCCCCAGCCGGCAUUCGAGAGAACGGAUAUCGUCCGAGCGCUCGGAUAAGAUAGAGAAAACCUCCCUCGAUCGCCUCUCCGGGGAUAGGAUGGAUCGUCUGUCAGGGGACAAGAUGGAUCGCCUAUCAGGGGACAAGUUGGACAGACUGUCAGGCGACAAGUUGGGCAUGGAGAGGCUCGACCGCAUGCCGGACAGAUUCGUUCGCGCUGAGGCUGACGUCGGGUCCGGCUUGAAGGGCCGAGGCUCGGAGAGACUCGAAGAGGCUUCUUCAAUUGUGCCCCGGCGCUUGCGCCUGCCGGUGCGAGUGCCGCUGGAGCGGCUCCGCGCGGAGACGGUGCGGCACCUGCUGGCCGCGCCGCCGCGCCGCGCCGCCAAGCGCGUCGCCACGCCGCCGCCGCACCAGGCGGGAGAGGUAGCCGCGACCAACCACGAGCGGACGGCGGGCCAGACGCCCAUCUACUACUCGUACUUCGAGCGUCUGCCCGCGGACGUGCUCUCUGACGAGGAACGCGACCACAAAUAUUACCUAGACCAAGCGAAACAGCUGAAAUGCGAAGCAGAGCGCGAGCAGAAAGCGUUACCCCGCGUCAUGCUCUACCUCGAGUCGGUGCUGUGCUUCGUUCUAACCGGUCGAGUACUGGAACUAGAGCUGGACACCAAACGCGCCUUCACCAUAUACCGGGAGACCAUAGAGUACAUCAAGAGCAUACACUCCAUGCCGCAGCGGUUCAGGGCGUCGCCGCAUUCCACGUUCAACAAGCUUGAUAUAUUGAGCUUACGUGUGCAAGCAUUGCUGUACUUGCGCAUGUUCAAGAUGUACAACCGGGAGGUGAAGGAGUAUUACAGGAUAGUGCAGGACUACCAGCAAAAGGUAAAUGAUCCGGCGUGCGCGGAAUCAGUGUCCCCGCUGUCCCCGACGCCGUCGCCGGGCGGGUCGGUGGGCUCCGUGGGCUCCGUGGCGUCGGCCUCCUCCGGCUACUGCAGCAUGGCGCACUCGGUGCCCGCGCAAGCGCACAACGCGCUGCUGCAGCUCACCAAGUACUACACCUUCCUGUACGUGGCGCACGACCUGUGGGAGCAGGCCGACAACCUGUGCCGGCUGCGCGCCAACCAGGAUCUAUUCAUAGCGGUGGACCGCAAAUGCGGCCCUCUGACGCUAUUCUCCACGUUCCGGCAUCUCGUACAAUACGUGCGCUACGCCAUCUCUCUCAUCAAGAACGCGGCGCGCGAGUGACCGCCGCCCGGCGCCCGGGAGGCCGGGGAGGCCGCCGGCCUCGGCCCCGCCGGCCCCGUCGGCCCCGCGCACCCGACCAGGCGACUGUUCCAGAAACCGUUUGGCAAUGUCGUGGCGAAAAAUGCUCAGCGGUAUCAGUGAAAUGAUCUGUGGUAUUGGUAGAAAAACGUUAUGUUUAGUGUACGUUUCGGGAUUUGCAGCUAAAAUGUGUUCAUGACCGAUUGACAAGUUUCUUUAUGUCACUAUUUAAGGCCAGAGCGCACCGGUUUCCUGUGCGUAAACGUGCACUUAAAUAUUGCAGCCAUUGCACGCACACGUCACGCAAGCGGUGUGCCAUCUCUCAUAAUGAUCUGUAUAUUACAAAGCGCACGAGAACGUUCACGUCUACGCCCACAUAUUCGGUGUGUACAGGCCUUUUAUGAUAGCGUAUCUUCGCUUUUGGUAUUAAUGGAGUAUGGUCAGUUUAUAUAAAUGAGACAUUAUGGUCAAUUUUUUGGUAAACCAUUAAGUGUAAUUUUAAACUUUAGUGUAGACUGACUGUACUACAAGCAAUGAUAUAUUUUUACCACUAUCGCUGUUUCAUCGCGGUGACAUUGUCAUUUGGUUGUAAAGAAAUUAAGUCACUUUAUUGACUUGUGAGAUUUAGUUUUGGAAUAUCGUUCUUCAGAUACUUUUCUAAAAGCAAUUCUAAUAGAUAAUGAUUGUUUAAUACAAACUUAAUAAAAAAUGUCUAAUUUAAAUAUUUAAUAAUUAAAUUAUUUAUUUAAAAUAUCUAGUUACAUAUUAAUUUAUUUAUAAUUAAGUUUAAUAUUUAUUUUGAAAUCAGAAUUUAAUAUCAAUUUUUUCAUGAAAUCGUGUUAUUCUUUUAUAUAAAUUUGCUUAUAGAAAGGGCUAAUCUGAAAGCGAAUAUACCUGAAGUUCCAAAACCGUUUGGAAUAUGUCGUCAGUAAAGUACGUUGGCAUCAAUUACCUAUAGUUGUAUAUUGUCGCCUCGGGUUCAUAAGAAGGGAACGCCCGGGAAUCGUAACUAAGUAUUGACUUCGCAUGUCCUACAAGAUGACCAAAAAUGUACAGACAACCGCGGUUGCCUAGCAACGACCCCUGGUUACAAAACCGAAUGUAAGUUUAAGUGAUAGAGUAAUCAUAUCGUAAGUGUUUUUCGUUGUAGUACCUACCCUAUCAGAAAUAUGUACUAUCGGGAACACAAUAUACGAAUUCUUUAGUUCGGGUGUUAUACGAAAAUAUUUAGAGUGUGGGCCAAUCGAGUUAUUAUCUCAAUAUGCAUGGGAUCACUUCUCUUGCAAUAAUUUUACUGAUUUCUAUUCGCGUAUACUUUCGCUUGUUACUCUGUGAGUGUGUUAGAAUGAGAGCUUUAAACUAAUUCGUACUUUAAGUGGUUCGGUUAGGGUUGAUUAUGGAGCGGACGGCGUAACGUUGUUUUGUAAUCACAAAUAAUAUUGGUGAUUUUUUUCGAUCACAUUAGAAUAUGAAAUCAUUUUUAUAAAUCACGAUAAGAAAACAUCUGGCGAAAUGACUCGCGAAAUGUUAAAAAUAAAUACAUAAAACACUUAUAUUUGUGUCAUAUGCAUUGUAUGUUCUCUUAUCAAGAAUUAUGAGAGUAACCCGUUCAUAAGAUACAGCUAGAAUACAGCGAACAAUAUUUUAAGUUUUAUGAAACUGUUCCUACAUAUUGAGUAGUGGCAGAACAAUUAUUGAGCAAAAAUAGAUUUUCAUGUAUCAAUAUAUGGAUCAUAUUUUCGUAUAUACAUAUCAAGUAGCUCGGUGACAACCACGUGGUUCGUAGGUAAAGUAAAUCAGGGGCCGAUUGCAUAACAAACU